AAAAGUGCUUCCGGUGUUGAUGGGUAAUGUAGUUAGCGUGCUUUUUGUUAAAAAUGUGACGCGCGUAACUUUCUCCGCCUUCCUGCACCGCUUCUUAAAACUCGUUUUUGCUGUUUUUGUGUCGCUCUUAACCUAAUUUAGAAAAACAUGGACUUAAAGCGUCACUUUAGUCUUGCAUUUUGUUAAAAUGGAAGGACGCUGCGCUGUUGACACCUGGACCGAGUUUGGGUUUUUGAGAGCAUCAAACACCCCGAAGGUAAAGCUCGUGGUCGGGACACACGUAGUCGUCUGCACUGGAGAUGAGGAGGUGUAUGUUUUUAAUGUUCAGGACAAGAGAUUCGCGGCAGUUCUCCAGUUUCCGGAAGGAGUGGUUGAUCUGAUUGAGAGCCAUGACAAACAUCUUCUGGUUGCAUGUUGCAGUGGAGUCUAUUGUGUUGAUUUGCAGCCUCUGUUAGUCAGGCCUCACGGCUCCUCCGCAUCCUCAGAUCCAGCCGAGCUGAAAAUCUCCUCUGAGUUCUGUGUGCUGGGCGGACGUGGUCUGUCGUCGCUGCUCCUGGUCGGCCCUUUGCUCCUCACUCUCGGCCAGAGAAAUACGUCCUGGUUGUUGACUUUGUAUAAAACCGCUCAACAAAAGCAGCCCGGCAGCUAUGAGAUGCUCCGCUCCUUCAGUCUGCCGCGGCUCUCGCCGGUUUCACAGGGCAGCGCUAAGACAGAACACACAAGGAGGUCUCUGCUGAUCUGUGUCCAUUCUGGGCGUCCUACACUUCCUGUACCCAGUGGUUCACACUUAACACAUAGACAGUUCGGCAUCGAACCUGUCCUCUUUAAACUUUUAUUUGGAGUUGACGCUGCUCUGGCCAAAUCACCGGUUGUAAUUUGGGGCCUGCCCGAUGGACGUCUAUGUUUCCUCCCUCUACACCUUUCCGGGUCUCAGAUACGGGUCCUCCACAGCCUGGAGCAGCCAGUCGCCUUCGUUGGAGCAUCGGUUGUUAGUGAGACGGACCCGGGGCAGGCACAGUGUUUGGUGGCGGUGGGUGAAAGAGGCAGGGUGGUUCUGAUCAGGACGGACAGGAGCGGGCCGGAGACGGGCGGCAGUACUGCUGGAUUUGCUGAGCGGUGUGUGCCAGGGCCUGUGAAGUGUUGCUGCGUGGAUAACAACCGUCUGUACUACAGCACCGGGUCAGACCUGCUCACAUUAAAUCUGCUGGGAUCCUCUGGAAGACAGGAUGCUGCGGUCCAAAUCCCCACCAGUCUAAACGUGUGCAGAGUCAUCGCCUUGGCUGUACAUACAUGCAAUGAAGCAGGUGAAGUUCAGCUGAUAGGACUGUCUGACAGAGGGACGCUUUCGGGGAUUAAAUUACCCAACGGUGAACAGGAAGUGGGGAUGUCCAAACUUCAUGCCUCGCAGGUCGGCCGCAGUGUAAGGGACCUUUUGUCCGCCAUAGGAGAUAUUUGUGAAAGAGCAUCUGCACUGAAAACGGUCAUCAAAUCCCAAAAAUUAACGCUCAAGCGGCUAAAUCAGGUCGUCAACACUUGUUUCUUGCUGAAAUCCCCCGAGGAGCAUCUUCCAACCGAAGAGAAGCCGAUCAGAUGUUGUGCCACAGUCGACUGGAGCAGACUGCUUCUAAAGGACUCUUUGAAUCUCACGUGCGUCUUGGAAAACUCAAGUUCUUGCACUCUGGAGCGAGGAUGGACUCUGUGCAUCAGCGUCUGUCCUCUUUCUUGUUCACCCGUAGAAGCAGAGUCCUCAAAUUUCACUUUCCCGAUCCUCAAUCUGUCUCCAGGAGGAGCGUUGGAAGUGUCCGUGCCGGUUGCAGCUGCAGGUGGCGCCGCCUUCCCCUUGACGGUGAACUGUUCGCUUGCCUUCUCCCUCUUGGGUGUCCUGGAAGAGCAGGAACUGGAGAGCUUUGCUGGCUUGCAGAGCAGUUUUUUCACCUUCUCCUUGAAUUCCCUGACAGUGGACUGGUUGCACGCUUUGCAAGUGAUCGGGCCCACGGCUGCGCAGAGAUCACGCGCAACAACCGAUGCCGUCCAGGCGUUUCUUAGCUCACGCCAAAUGAAGCGGCGCCAAGGACCAGACGGAGGCGGAGAGAGCUCCGCCGUGUACUCUGCAUGCGUUUGGGUGUCACUAGAGUUACUGAGGGACACGCUGAGGACAAGGAUGUUGGGCUUGGGCACCAGUGAAGAAGAGUCUGCCUCCAUCUCUCUGUCUCUUCUCAACUGGCUGUUAUUUGAGAGUCAUGGAGGAGUGAAGAUGGGGCGCAGAGGAGAUCAGGAUGGCACGAGCAGCUCAGAGGUUCACGCACGUUCUCCUAACGAAGCCACAGUCAAGCUGAGCGUCAAAGAGGUGAACGAGGAGAACUCUGUUAAGGAAGCCCACGUAGAAGUUCAGAUUGAGAGCUCGUCUGUAGCGGCGGUGUGUGGCCUGCGUCACGCUGUGCUGCGGCGUUUGCAGAGUUUGUUGGCGAUGGUUCCCGUGGAAACGGCUGCAGCCAAAAUGGUCCAGAUUUCGGAUUUAAAAUCAGCGCUUCAAAGGGCUGAGAUUCAGCAGAGCGGAAUCUCAGAAGCUCUCAGCUCAGACGUGUCCUCCGCUCAGAUGAACCCGUUUCUUCUGGACGUUUACCAGAAGCUCAGAGAGAACCGCCUCCUCAUGAUUUAACACCGCUGACCUCGGCUCUGCCUGCAAUGGACAUUUGCAGCUCAGAUCAAUCCAUGUUGAAUACAUGACUGUUAAUUCUCUUUGAAUUUACAGCUGAUACAAUAAAAAAAAUGUUUAA